AAAAGGACAAAGGAGAAGAAGAGACCUGGAUGCUGGAUUGACAGUUCCCCAGAGAUUGACAUCCUGAAUGUCUUCCCAGCACAAUCAAACCACAGCAGCAGCCAUGCUAUCUCCUUUCACCAACCCAACCAGCUGCCUCUCUGCCCAGGCCCAAGAUCGCUUCUAAGAAUGAGGAGUGGAGAGUUAAGUCUGUAGGCCAAUAUCUGAACUGACCUGCUCUGAUGAGACUACUAGGGUUGGGGGUCUGUUAGACCACAACUACACUAUGUAAUUUACCAUGUGUUGUUGCACUCUUAUUAUGUACUAGUGCGCUGGUUAUUCUACCAUAGCUUGUCUGUGCACAAGAAAAAAACUGACUAUGUUAUUAGACCAUGCUCAAUCCAUGUAAACUGUCUAUAACAGCAGUUCUCAAACUGUGGGUUGGGACCCCAAAGUGGGCCACAACCCCAUUUUAAUGGGGUCACCAGUGCUGCCUUAGACUUGUUGGAGCCCAGGGCCAAAGCCAAAGUUUGAGCCCUAUUGACCAGGGCUGAAGCGAAAGUCCAAGGGCUUCCACUCUGGGCGGCAGGGCUCAGGGUACAGGCCCCCUGGGCUUCAGCUUUGGCCUCCCUGCCCGGGGUGGUGGGGCUUGGGCAGGCUUAGGCUUUGGUCCCCACUCCUGGUCUCGUAGUAACUUUUGUUGUGAGAAGGGGAUCACGGUGCAAUGAAGUUUGAGAAUUCUUGGUCUAUAUAAACUUUAAGUCACUGGUGGUAGCAGUGGCAGAAGAGUUAGUAUAAACAGGGCACUGGCACUUUAACUACCGUGUUGUCUGAUUUUUUGCUCAUAAUGGGUAGAUAUGACUUGGUGGUGAAAACACCAAUUGCUGCUUGAGCUCUUUUUAUGCUAUCACUCCUAUUGCUACCAACCGUGGGAGAUUUCCCCAAACAGCCUAGGAAAGACAAGGCCAUAAAGAUUGGGCUUUUUAAUGUAGUUAUAAUACAGCAUUAUCUUGUCCGUAUAGAAAAGAUGAAACAGUGUUAUAUCAGAGCACCUCCAUGUGAUAGCACUACAGUGAGGCAAAUUCUGAGUUGUGGAAUCUGUCCACACUGGAGUCAGUCAUGUUAUCCGCAAGUAUGUUGAAAUACUGUUAGAAGAGUUUCUGCACGUUUUCCCUGACAAGAGUCCAUGUGGAUUUGUUGUUGAAGGGUAGGGGGGAGCUGCAGAGAACCACAUUACAAACUAUCAAGAGGCGGAGUCUACAGCAUGAUUUAGGAGACAUGCUUCUCGGACACACACAUCUGAUUCUCUGGGAAAACCAUGCUACAGCCCUGCUGCCACCAAAUAUGUUUAAAUAUACAUUUGAAGCCAGCAUGGUUUUGAUCCCAAAGUGGAAUGGCUUAACGAUGACUCUAAUGUGGAGGCAUCUCCCUGAACUGAGAAUAUGAACUCACUUCACAUAGACCAGAAAAUGAUAAUGACUCCAGAUUACUAGUCACCUGGGGCCAAGCUAGAACCCCAAGGAGUUAAUGGAGAAAGGGGAACAUAAGAAUGGCUAUGCUGGGCAAUUUCAAGUGAUCCAUCCUCUGUCAUCCAGUUCCAGCUUCUGGAAGUUGAAGGUUUAUGGAUACUCGGAGCAUGGGGUUGCGUCCCUGACCAUCUUGACUAAUAGCCAUUGAUUCUUUUCUGAACCCAGUUAUACUUUUUUCCUUCACAACAUCCCCUUGCAAUGAGUUCGCACAUGACUGUGCGUUGUGUGAAGAAAUACUUCCUUUUGUUUUGAACCUGCUGCCUAUUAAUUUCAUCAGGUGACCCCUAGUUUUUGUUUUGUGAAGGAGUAAAUAUUAGCUUUCUCCACACCAUGAUUUUAUAGACCAUGAGUAUAUCCCCACUUUGUCGUCUCUUUUCUAAGAUGAGCUGUGCUAGUCUUUCUAAUGUUUCCUCAUAUGGAAGCUGUUCCAUACACCUAAUAAUUGAUGUUGCCCUUCUCUGUACUUUUUUCCAGUUCUAGUACAGAUUUUUGAGAUGCGGUGACCAGAACUGCAUGCAAUAUUCAAGGAGGAAGAGGAGGAAGACAGUAGCCCUGGAGUAUCCUUCUCACUCUCUUCAGAAGAGUCAGAGAUGGAGCCUGAGGAAGAGAGGAUUCGUUACAGCCAAAGAUUGCGUGGCACAAUGAGGCGGCGAUAUGAAGAUGAUGGCAUCUCAGAUGAUGAAAUUGAAGGAAAGAGGACAUUUGACCUGGAGGAGAAACUCUCCACCAACAAAUUCAAUGCCAACUUCGUCCUCUUUAUGGAAGGCAAAGACUUCAAUGUUGAGUAUAUCCAGCGGGGUGGCCUGAGAGACCCUUUGAUUUUCAAGAACUCCGACGGGCUCGGAAUAAAGAUGCCAGAUCCUGACUUCAGUGUGAAUGACGUGCGACUGUAUGUAGGGAGCCGGCGGAUGGUGGAUGUCAUGGAUGUGAACACACAAAGGGACAUUGAGAUGUCCAUGGCACAGUGGGCACGCUACUAUGAGACCCCACAGGAGGAGCGGGAGAAAUUGUAUAACGUCAUCAGCUUGGAGUUCAGUCACACAAGGCUAGAGAACCUGGUGCAGAGACCUGCUACGGUGGAUUUGAUUGACUGGGUCGACAACAUGUGGCCAAGACACCUAAAGGAGAGUCAAACGGAGUCUACAAAUGCCAUUCUGGAGAUGCAGUAUCCCAAGGUGCAAAAGUACUGUCUGAUGAGUGUUAAGGGCUGCUACACAGAUUUCCAUGUGGACUUUGGCGGCACCUCCGUAUGGUACCACAUCCACCGAGGGGGAAAGAUCUUCUGGCUGAUCCCGCCAACACCCCAGAACCUGGAGCUCUACGAGAAUUGGCUGCUGUCAGGGAAACAGGGGGACAUCUUUCUUGGUGACAAAGUGUCAGACUGUCAACGAAUUGAGCUCAAGCAGGGCUACACGUUCGUCAUCCCCUCAGGUUGGAUCCAUGCUGUGUACACUCCCACUGACACUUUGGUUUUCGGGGGCAACUUCCUGCACAGCUUCAACAUCCCCAUGCAGCUACGGAUCUACAACAUUGAAGACCGCACACGGGUCCCAAAUAAGUUUCGCUACCCCUUCUACUAUGAGAUGUGUUGGUAUGUGCUGGAACGCUAUGUUUACUGCAUCACCAGCCACUCCCACCUGACCAAGGACUUCCAGAAGGAAUCACUCAACAUGGAUAUGGAGUUGAGCUGCUUGGAGCCAGGAAACAUGGAUGAAGAGGACGAUGCAGCAGGCAGGGAGCCCAGGCGCCCAGUCACCAGACGAUCAAUCCUCACAAGCCCUGUGGCUAAUGGUGCCAACCUAGACUAUGAUGAAUUAAGCAGAAGUUGCAGGAGCCUGCCAGGCCUCAAGAGAACUCUAUCUAUGGACUCCUCUGACUCCAGCCGGGGCUCCCACAAUGGUCAGGCCUGGGAUCCCCAUGGCAGCAGUCCUUUCAAGUACAGGAAGGUGCAUCUGACCCAGUUCGAACUGGAAGGUCUACGCUGCCUGGUGGACAAGCUGGAGUCACUGCCUCUGCACAAGAAAUGUGUCCCCACGGGCAUAGAGGAUGAGGACGCCCUCAUUGCUGACGUUAAGUUGCUGCUGGAAGAGCACGCAAACAGCGACCCCAAACUGGCACUUACAGGAGUCCCUAUCAUCCAGUGGCCCAAAAGAGACAAGCUAAAGCUCCAGGCCCGACCGAAGGUGCGCCUGCCCACCAUCCCCAUCACCAAGCCUCACACCAUGAAGCCAGCCCCACGCCUGGCACCUGUAAGGCCCACAGUGUCUCCGAUAGUGUCAGGAGCACGACGGAGGCGAGUGCGGUGCCGUAAAUGCAAGGCCUGCAUGCAAGGCGAGUGUGGCAUGUGCCACUACUGCAGGGACAUGAAGAAGUUUGGGGGGCCUGGUCGCAUGAAGCAGUCCUGCGUCCUCCGGCAGUGCUUAGCGCCCAGGCUGCCUCACUCGGUCACGUGCGCGCUUUGUGGGGAGGUGGAUCAGAAUGAGGAUUCGCAGGACUUUGAGAAGAAGCUCAUGGAAUGCUGCAUCUGCAAUGAGAUAGUUCACCCUGGCUGCCUGCAGAUGGACGGGGAAGGGCUGCUGAAUGAUGAAUUGCCCAAUUGCUGGGAGUGUCCAAAGUGCUACCAGGGUGAUGACUUGGAGAAGGGCCAGAAACGGAAGAUGGAGGAGAGCGAUGAGGACACAGUGCAGGCCAAAGUCCUGCGACCCCUGCGGAGCUGCGAGGAGCCCCUGACACCCCCACCGCACUCGCCCACCUCCAUGCUGCAGCUGAUCCACGACCCGGCAUCGCCGCGGGGUGUGGUGACGCGUUCGUCCCCAGGGGCCGGCCCCAGUGACCACCACAGCGCCAGCCGGGAUGAGCGCUUCAAGCGGCGGCAGCUGCAGCGGCUCCAGGUCACGGAGCGCACCAUGGUGCGGGAGAAGGAGAACAACCCCAGCGGCAAGAAGGAGCUGUCAGAGGUGGAGAAGGCCAAGCUGCAUGGCUCCUACCUUACGGUCACGCUGCAGAGGCCCGCCAAAGACCUGCACGGCACCUCUAUUGUGCCCAAGCUGCAGGCCAUCACCGCCGCCUCCACUAAUCUGCGGCACUCUCCCCGUGUGGUCAUGCGCCACUGCCCAGCCAGGACGCCCCAGCGGGCCGGGGAGGAGGAGGCAGAUGAGGAGGAGGCAGCAGACGAGGAGGAGGAGGAGGAAAGCACGGAGGAGGGCGGGGCGGCCCGGCUGAAUGGCAGAGGCAGCCGAGUGCAGGACGGCGAGGAGAGCUGGAUGCAGCGCGAGGUGUGGAUGUCCGUCUUCCGCUACCUCAGCCGCAGAGAGCUCUGCGAGUGUAUGCGGGUGUGCAAGACCUGGUACAAAUGGUGCUGCGACAAGAGAUUGUGGACGAAGAUUGAUUUGAGCAGGUGCAAGUCCAUCACUCCCCAGGCCCUGAGCGGCAUCAUCAAGAGGCAGCCGGUCAGCCUCGACCUUAGCUGGACCAAUAUCUCCAAAAAACAGCUCACCUGGCUUGUCAACAGGCUGCCAGGCCUGAAAGACCUCAUCUUAGCAGGCUGUUCCUGGUCUGCAGUCUGUGCGCUCAGUACCUCCAGCUGCCCCCUUCUCAGGACCCUCGAUCUUCGGUGGGCAGUAGGAAUCAAGGACCCUCAGAUCCGGGACUUGCUCACACCUCCCACAGACAAACCUAGUCAAGACAAUCGCAGCAAACUCCGCAACAUGACAGAUUUCCGGCUAGCUGGUCUGGACAUCACCGAUGCCACACUCCGGCUCAUCAUCCGCCAUAUGCCCCUGCUCUCACGACUCGACCUUAGUCACUGCAGCCACCUUACGGACCAGUCGGCCAAUCUCCUAACGGCCGUGGGGUCUUCCACGCGCAACUCGCUCACUGAGAUCAACAUGGCAGGUUGCAAUAAGCUGACGGACCAGUCCCUGCUGUAUCUGCGGCGCAUCUCCAACCUCACCCUGAUCGACCUGCGAGGCUGCAAGCAGAUUACCCGCAAGGCCUGCGAGCACUUCAUCUCAGACCUGUCCAUCAGUAGCCUCUACUGCUUGUCCGACGAGAAGCUGAUCCAGAAAAUCAGCUAGAGACCAACCCCAGGCAGACUGAGGAGAAGGAAAGAUCCCAUCCCACCCCCCUCGGAGAGGCGCUCCUCCUCCCCAGCCCUGUCCUGCUGUGAGGCCAGCAUCCUGCACUCCUCCAUCCCCAACCUCCACAGGCAGGGCAGUAGCCAGCCCCACUCCACUGGGUCUCCUCCUCCUCCUCCUCUUCCUGGGAUUUCAGCAGCGGAAGGGGUCCUGCCAGGCUGAUCCAUAGCUGAGGAGAAAUGGGCUGUGGCCAGGGGAGCUCGUUCUGGAGCCUGGCUGCUCUUAGUCUGAGGUUGUGCAGAGGUGUCUUCACAGGGAAAUGUGCCCCUCUUUUCUCCCCGCCUUGGCACCCCAAAACAGAUUUCACUUCCUACUCAGCAAGGGGAGCGCCCUGGAAAAGGGAUUGGAGCUGGAUGGUAUGAAGCAAGCGUGCCUGGGCUCUCCUGUACCACUGCUACUGAUGUGGCUGUUGGCCCUGUGGCUUGUCAUACUUGGCAUUCAUGCCACAUCUCUGCCCCCUGAGCUUUUCCUCCUCUUAGCCUUGCCUCACCAAAGUGACGAGGGUUUGCCUCCUGCAGCUUGUAUGUAGAGGGCGAGAGCCCUAUGGCAGUGGGUUCUCAAGGUGUCUCCCUUGGUUAGGCAAGCUUCCACUCCAGAGCAGCACUAGACUGCUCACAGCACCAUAUAUCCACACCCCCAUGAGGAUGAGUGUGUCCAGCCCUUCUGGAAGGGCUGGGGGUGGGUGUCUGCAGGGGGCCAGGUCCAUCAGAGCUCAGGGAGGACUCAGAAGGCAUCCAGAGGGGUUUCUAGAUCCUGCACAGGGUGGGAUACAUGCUCUCCCCACCCCUUUGGGCAGGCUAGUAUAAUUGAGCACUCUUGGGAUGCUGCGGCCAGAGGAGAGGAUGCUUCUCCAUCUUGUCACCCAGUGUGUAGCUGUCAGCUCUCGAACUGGGAGAUGUGGAAGGGGAUGUGAAAGUUCCCAUCCCCCUACCCCUUUAGCUGCCACUUUUCCUUUGCAAUGAAUGGUCGGUCCAAAGAACCCUCUCUCUUGGGCAGCAGAGAGCUUUUUGCACUUUAAAAAGAAAGGUUGGAAUCUUAUUUUGGGUCAUUAUUUCCCCCCCUCCCCUCCCCCAGUGACUGGACGCUCCCUUGACUGUCUGAGCUUGUUGAUGUUUAAUGCACAGUUUGCACUCUGCUCUCUUUCCCCCUCCUCCUACUGCCCCCCAAAUCCCCUCCUUCUAAGCAUACUGAUAGCACAAAACCAGCCUGCCACGUGUUCCCCCAGCCCCUUUCCAGCCUUACGGGGGAGAAAGGAACUCUCUAAGCAGCAGGGAAAAGGGGGAGGGACGAGCGGUUGUGAAACCUCAAAGGAGAAUCGACCAGAUGCACCCUCACUGCUUCAAAAGCAAUAAGGGAGGCAGAAGCAGCUGUCACCCCUCCAGCUCUCCCCAUUGCCUGCUGGCUCCGAAUUCUCUGGCACCAAUGACUUCUGCUGCUGCAAUGUUGGCUGGGGGUGGGGGAUGUCUUUGUUUAGAUCCACUGAACCCCCAGUGGGGGGGUUCAGGUCCUGUGCUUCCCCUCCCCCCCUCUGGCCUCCAUAUUGUGAGCCUGCUUGCUUGCUGACUGGAACGUGCAAGUGUGAUGAAUUCCGCAGUGCCUCGGUACAUGGGAGUUUUGCUACAAUGGAUUGUUAGAGUUUUGAAAGCGGGGGGGGGAAGCCCACUUUGUUAUCACUGACCUAGGAGUGGAAGCUUUCUGCCAUUUUGUUUUUGGUUACUCCUGUGGAAAACAGAAGAAUCAAACUACUUAUUUUUGUUUGUUUUAAAGGAAGGCAGGGGAAGCUAUAAACAGGAUAUACAAGUGCAUCCGACCUGGGGGACACUCCAGCCCUGAGGAUUUCUGGGCUGGCUUUUCAGUUUGAAAAACAAAAGCAUCUUAGCUACUGUCACAUAUGCAUUCAGCGCUGAGCAACAGUGGAUCAACGUGCCAGGGGUGUCCAUGGUAGGCAGGAGGAGGAGUCGAGCUGAUUGAUGGGUGAAGGAAGUGGUCAGUCUUUAAGUUCGCUGUCCCACAGCCUUCUCAGACGCAGCCUUCCACUGAGUCUGUGGCUUCAGAGACUUAAAAAAUUAAAAUAAAGGUGUGAUACUCGUUCCUGUAUCUGGCCACCACCUUGGAGGGCGAGGGAUGAAAAUCCACAAAGGAAAGAAGAAAUAAAUAAAUAUAUAUAUCACUUAGUGAUUUAAAAAAAACAAUCCUGCUCCCUAAAUAAAACUCCCUGAAGAAAGUCACUAUUGGUUUAAAGGGUUUUGGUUGUGUUUUUGUGUUUUGUUUUCCCCCAGAGAAAUAUUGUAAAUAUAUAUUUUUGUUGGCGAUUUAGAGCCCAUCUCCAACAUUUGUGCUUUAAAAUUAAAUGUAAGCAUUAAGGGUAAAAGAAAACAAGUCUUAUGCUGUUUGUGUUGGGGGUUAUUUGGGGGCAAAGGGAGGGGGAGCUAGUUGGAAUUUUUUUGUUUUUAUUUUCUCUUCUAAGCAUUCUCCAGUACUGGUUUUAGAGAGAAUCUUUGCUCAUAACCUAUUACCACAUGAACAGGAGAGACAUUUGUGGGGGAGGGAGGGGAAGAUACCAGCCUCUGAAGGGAAAUAUUUUGUUUCUUGGGGGUGGAUUUUUGGAAUAAAAAUUUAAAGAAAACA